UGUCCCCUUGUCUCUGGAUCUCUGGUCCCCCUCCCUCUGGGUCUCUGUUCCCCGACAGUUAGGUCCGUGUUUCCUCUCUCUGAAUCCCUGUCCUCUCUGAGUCUCUGUGUCUGGAUCUGCCCUCAGCCUUCUUAGGGCCGGUGCCCCUCCUUUUCUAGCAGCUGCUGCUCACACCCUGGCACCUGUUCUUGGCAUGGGACUGAGAAGAUCUCACCCACAUCCCCCUUCCCUGCAGCUAGGCUCUGACGCCUAUCUUCUUUAAACCAGUAAUCCACAGCCAAAGUUUCAGCCCUCCUGGACCCUAGGCAUUGUACUGGGGUCUUCAAGACUUCAUCACAAUCCAGGCUCCACUGAGAACACAGAGGAGAACCCUCUCACCCUAUACUUCCCCAGAAAUCCAGCCCCUUUUUCUCCAAGACCCAGGAAUCCAGGCUCCCAGUCUCUUGCUUCCCUCAGAUCGAGGAGUUCAGCUUCCAGCCCCCUCCUCCCUCAGAUCCGGGGGUCCAGGUGCCCCCAGCCUCUCCCCUCAGACCCAGUGAUCUGGACCUCUGUUCUGAGGUCUCUCUGGGUGGAUCCGGGGAACCUUGCUGAACUCUGUGUUCCUCCAGGCCCAGAUGGGGGAACCCCGGGCUGGGGCCCCUCUGGACGAUGGCAGCGGCUGGACAGGAAGUGAGGAAGGAAGCGAGGAGGGCACCGGCGGCAGUGAGGGGGCGGGGGGCGACGGGGGCCCAGACGCAGAAGGUGUCUGGAGUCCAGACAUCGAGCAGAGCUUCCAGGAGGCCCUGGCCAUCUACCCGCCCUGUGGCCGGCGGAAAAUCAUCCUGUCUGAUGAAGGCAAGAUGUAUGGUCGGAAUGAGCUGAUUGCCCGCUACAUCAAGCUGAGAACGGGAAAGACCCGAACUCGCAAACAGGUCUCUAGUCACAUCCAGGUUUUGGCCCGAAGGAAAUCGAGGGAAAUCCAGUCCAAGCUCAAGGCCCUGAAUGUGGACCAGGUUUCCAAGGACAAGGCUUUCCAGACAAUGGCCACCAUGUCCUCUGCCCAGCUCAUCUCAGCACCUUCCCUGCAGGCCAAACUGGGUCCCGCCGGUCCUCAGACCCCGGAGCUUUUCCAGUUUUGGUCGGGGAGUUCUGGGCCCCCAUGGAAUGUUCCUGAUGUGAAGCCAUUCUCGCAGACACCGUUCUCCUUGUCACUGACUCCUCCAUCUACUGACCUCCCAGGGUACGAGCCCCCCCAAGCCCUCUCACCUCCCGCUUUGCCCCCACCUGCCCCAUCACCCCCAGCCUGGCAGGCUCGGGCUCUGGGCACUGCUCGGUUGCAGCUGGUGGAGUUCUCGGCCUUUGUGGAACCACCGGAUGCAACUGACUCUUACCAGAGGCACCUGUUUGUACACAUCAGCCAGCACUGCCCCAGCCCUGGAGCGCCCCCCCUCGAGAGUGUGGACGUCCGGCAGAUCUACGACAAAUUCCCCGAGAAAAAGGGUGGUCUGCGGGAGCUGUAUGAUCGCGGGCCUCCCCAUGCCUUCUUCCUGGUCAAAUUCUGGGCGGACUUGAACUGGGGCCCGAGUGGUGAGGAGGUGGGGGCAGGCGGCAGCAGCGGUGGCUUCUAUGGAGUGAGCAGCCAGUAUGAGAGCCUGGAACACAUGACCCUCACCUGUUCCUCCAAGGUCUGCUCCUUCGGCAAGCAGGUGGUGGAGAAGGUGGAGACGGAGCGUGCCCAGCUGGAGGACGGAAGGUUCGUGUACCGCCUGCUGCGCUCACCCAUGUGCGAGUACCUGGUGAAUUUUCUGCACAAAUUGCGGCAGCUGCCCGAGCGUUAUAUGAUGAACAGCGUCCUGGAGAACUUCACCAUCCUGCAGGUGGUGACAAACAGAGACACCCAGGAACUGUUGCUCUGCACCGCCUACGUCUUUGAAGUCUCCACCAGUGAGCGGGGGGCCCAGCACCACAUUUAUCGCCUGGUCAGGGACUGAAGGGGGACCCCAAAAGUGGCUCACCCUCCAGAAUACCCUCUCCUCCCAGGCAGGACCUCCAGCUUUCCCCAUGCUUCUUACGUGGGGAGGGGACUGCUCCCUGUUAGGACUGUAAAAGCUGGGUGGUGAGUGGAAUGGGCUGGGACUGAGAGGGGAGGAUGGAUCCUGAUCUUGGAACCUCACAGGGGUGUCUGAAAGGACAGAUCACCCCAGAGCAUUAGGCACUGAGGACAGGAGUGAGACAACCCCUGGGAUAGCACUGGUUUCUGUCUCUGACAGGUGCCCUCCCUUUUCUUUGUUCUGGAUGUUUUGGAGGGCCCCAGUGACACAUGGGCUCGUCCCUCCCUGUUUUUCCACAUCACCCUCUUCUCAAUCUCCCUCUUCUUAUCACCUCCAUCCCGGGAACCCUGAUAUCGAAUAUUGAAGGUUAACCUUUUCUGUGCAGGGGCAGAGUCAGGUGGGCCCUGGAAAUAUAUUAUUAUUUUUUUUAAUAUAACGAGAUAUUUAUAAGUGGGUGUUAGGGUCGUGACUUUUUCUCAGCUGGGCAAGCAGUGGGGUGAGGCUUUUUAAUCUCAUGCCCUCUUCUAAAUGUGCUGUGGGGCUAGACUGUGUUGCCUCCCUCUCCUCUCCCCCCACCCCCCACGCCCUGCCCCCCAAAUGUGUUGGUUUGUGU